GCCCUCUCUGACUGUGAACUGAUUGGCAUGCUUCUCCUCUCCUCAUGGCUCUGUUUAUGGGCUGCCCAGUAUCACCUUUCUGCUUGCCUGGAAUUACGUUCAUUUUUCUUUUUGGAACAGAAUUGAUAAUUAACAGCAAAAUGUAAUUUCUCUUUUAAGAGCAUCACUGAGCAGGAAUAGUUCUUUCUUGCAGUGAAUACUUUCUGACAAGUCCUUUUAAUUCUUUCUGAUGUUCCUAACUCUUCACUGAAGUCGUAUCAUGUUUUUGCAUAUAAUAUUUUUUUAAUGUCAAUGAUAAUUUGAGGAAUAUGAAGGGACACAGAGCAAAUGUAAGAAUGAAUGUCAAAUUCAGGGACAUUUUUAAAGCAAGAUGGUCUUUUAAACACAAACCAUCACAGAACAUAAAAAUUGCAUGAUUUGAGUUCUGCUUGUAUCCAGGAGUGGAAAAACAAGCAGGUUUCUUUAAUUGCAAAAUGCGUUUUCUAGCUCUCCCAUGAGCUUAAAAAACAUUGAGUAAUGUUGGCGAUCUGCAAGAAGUGAUUUAUGUAACGUGCACCUAAACCACAAGUCACAUGGGCUCUUUCUGUUUGCUACUUUUGAUUGCUUGGCUGAGGAAACUAAAACUAUAACCUCCUCUACAAGCAAUGUUCUUUAGCAAUGCCAGUCUAAGUGCCCUUCGUCCAACAUGUCCUUAAGAAAGCUCAUUCAGCAAAACCGCAAUGCCAAUUUUGUGGGCUACUGUGUUAGUCCAAGUUACACACCUUACUUGGAUCCAAUGUGCAGUGCCCAAAUGGAUAAUAGAGUUCAGAGUCUGGCAAACACAGUGGGGACUUUACCUAGGGAACGCAAGCAGCUUGCUUUAACCAGAUCAAGUUCCUUAGGUGACUCUUCUGGGCCACAAAGACGGCUUCUUGCUAUUGUCAAAGAAGAUAAUGAAACAUUUGGAUUUGAAAUUGAGACGCGUAGAUUACAACACCAAAAUGCUUGCUCCCUGCAAAUAUGCACUUACGUCAGCAAAAUACAAGAAGCAAGUCCUGCCCAUCUUUCUGGCCUGCAAACAGGUGAUAUUCUAGCCAAUAUCAAUGGAGUAAGCACUGAAGGUUUUAGUCACAAGCAAAUGGUGGACUUGAUAAAAUCUUCAGGGAAUUAUUUAAGAUUAGAGACUGUUAAUGGAGCCAGGAUUGUUAGGAGAAUGGAACUUGAAACCAAGCUGCAGGUAUUGAAGCAAACUAUGCAGGAAAAAUGGGUGGAGUUCCGAUCUCUGCAAUUACAGGAACAACGCUUGCUGCAUGGGGAAGUGAAUGACAACUCUCUAUUUGACACCCUGGAAUUGGAGUCCAAUUUAUUCGGUAGUUGUGCUUCAGCAAGGCCUGCCUUCCCAAUUAAACCCCGAUUCUCCAGCGAAAGCAGCUGUAAAAGCCAGCUGAGCUCAAUGACAGUGGACAGUGAGGAUAGCUUCUACCAGAGCUAUGUUUUUGAGGAUUCUGCUCAUGAGACUUUGAGCAGGCAGUCGAGCACAGAUGACGAUUGCUUCUUUUCGAGGGACAAUGAUACUGCAGUAGGAAAAUAUUCACUGAGGAGGAACAGAAGCAUCAGUCUGGCUAGCAGUGGAUCAAUGUCGCCCUCAUGGGAGGGAGGCAGUUUUUCAAAUAUUUUUGGAACACUCCCACGGAAAAAUAGGAGAGGAAGUGUCCGAAAGCAGCUUUUGAAAUUCAUUCCAGGUCUUCACCGAGCGGUGGAAGAGGAAGAAAGUCGGGUCUGACAUCUUAAGUAUCUUCUUCAUCAAGGACUGUGUUAGUAUCCAUAGACAUAAACUUCAUCAGUAAAACCACAUGGUACCUGGGAUUCAUACUGACUCACCCAGCCACACAUUUCCCCCCAACAUAACCUUAUGAUGGGAUUGACAUUAUUUAAAGUUCUGGCUUCUUUUUCAUUAUUCUUGAAUGCAGCUAGCACACUGUGGACCCAGCUUUGUUAGUCCCUGAAAAUCUGCUCUAUACUAACUUUUUGGUAUGUGAAAAAGCUUUGCAGCGCCUCCUCAUCGACCCCUGUGUUACCAACGUAGCCCUCUCUGUGAGAGUUACAGCUAUUUAUUUCCUAUGUUAGCCAGCCAAAUAUUAUAUUCUUCAAAGAACUUUAAUAAAGGGCCUGCUGAUGCUGAAAUCAUUAGCAAAAGUCCCAUCGUGAGCAGGAUCAGGCCCCACAUAUACAAAUGUGCACGCCACAGAAGAACAAAACUGAAAAGAAGUGCUGUAACUAGAAGUCUGAAGGAUUUACUUUUACGUUUGUUAACCUUGUAUGUUCCCUGUGCAGUGGCUCAGACUAGGGUAUACUUGAGUUUCUGUAGCAGAGACUAGGGAUUUUUAUUUAAAUGCAAUUGUAUUUCCAGUCAGUAAGCUACAGACCACGUUUUUCCAGUCAGUCAUGCCCAUAGUAUGGCAUGCAGACACUGCAGGGACCGUAGCAGUAACUCCUAGGAUAUCAUUGGGAUUUUUCUUGUCUCAUCAUACUAUUUAUAUUUUAAAACACAGCAUGACCUAUGGCCCACACUUUAUCAGACCUGUCUGCUCCUCGUGGCUGAAAUCACUAAGAUGUCAUGCUAAGACUUUACCAUCACAGGGAAUUUGAACUCUAGGGUUCACCCACAAACUUGCAUGAUUCCUCAGCUAACAACCCAAAGCUUUUCUACUAUGGCAGCUCAUUCAGUACCCUUGUCUGUUGUUUUUACACCAGGCUGGCCACAAUAGCUGAGUUACUGAGCUUUUAAAACGUGUGUGUUUCAUUCAUCUGGGUGGGGGACAAACUGGGGCCAUUGAACAUAAAUGAACUUGGGAGUCAAAACAUUUCAGUUUUUUUUUAAAGAAAACACUGGCAGAGAAAAGCAUAAGGGAUUAUUGGCUUAAAAAAAGGAGGGGGUAUCUGAAAUAUGAGAGAAUUGCAGAGCCACACUCAUUGGACUAUGAUUGAGUAUGUUGUUUGAUCUGCACCUGCAUGGUAGUAUAGAAAGAGAGAGGAAGAGGCUUUCCGGUGCUGCUGGUAUCGGAUUGACAUUAGCUUCGGUAACAUGAAUUGGCCUUGUACUUAGCAGCAGUGAUGACAAAGAUCACUGAAAUAGUGAACACCAAAGAAAUACUGGACAGGUGUGUACAGAGCAAAGUAACAUGCACUGCAGUAGUUUGGCAACAAAAGGUUUGAAAUAGAUUUCAGUGGUUUGGAAUGAGAAGGAGUCUUCCAGGGUGAACUGAUUGAAAAUAGAAAGGAAAGAAAAAAUCGAAUGACAGCACAAGGUUCUGGAAAACUAGUGAUAUAGUCUGACUGCUUUUGUGUAUUCUCUACUUCAAGACCCUGCUAUGACAGCUCGGGUGGGCCUGUUACCCCUGCUUAUAGUGACAUCUCUCUAACUCCUGUCACUUGUUUCUGAAAUUCUAAUCAGGCUUAUUGAAAACAUAUUUCCCUGUACUGUGCAUAUGUCAGGCUCAGUAACAAGUAAUGUAAAGGUUAUGCUUCUUCACUGUCACCAAUUGAGAUUGUUGCAGUCAAAGAAGCAUAUCAGAAUUUCAUCAGUCUUGAGGAAAAUAUUGAUCAGUGAACAAUGACCUAAAUAUAGGACAUCAAAUGAAUUCUCCUGCUUCAAGGUCCCAUAGAAAUAAGUACAUCCCUUCUUAUGCCAUUCUCAUGGGAUGUCCUGCAGUUACCAAUAGGAUUUUGUUUUGUUUCUGAAUGGAAUGCAAGAUUUCAGUCUCACCCACAAAAACUCUUUAUAAAUCAGUAUCAGGGAAUUGUGCCUUUUUGGGAUUCAAACCCCAUAAACAAGCUUGCACUCUUGAGGACUUCAUGGAACCCUGUAUACAACUCUCUAUACAGUAUUUUGGUGUACUGCUGCUGGAACAAAAGGGUCAGCAAUUAUCUAGGUUUUUUAGGAUUAAAGAUUUCUAUAGCAUAUAGAGUGAAGAUGGAAGGGAUAGUUUAUCCAAGAUUUGAUUAUAGGAAAUUAUUAAAUAAGUUUGGAUAUAGAAUGGGAAGGAAAGGAGACACUUUGUGUAUAUCGGGUAUUAUAUGUGCAAAACAUUUAUAAUAGAUCAAGCACAAAUUAAGUCCUCUAAGCUGUGGCAAAACUUUUCAAAACAUAGCAUAGAUGGAAGAAGUGUUUAAUGUAAUUAUCUUUAAGAAUAUCUUUUGUUUUACAUGACUUACUUACUUAACUGACAAAAAAGAGCAUUAAGAGGUAGUUUAUACUUCAGACAUUGGUGUUUUAAACACAACUGAAAUCUUGUUAAAGUCAAACCAGCAACUUUCGCCACCACAAACAAACAAAAAAAGUCAAAGAAAUAUCCUCCAUUGUACCCAAUAUUCCUUUAGUUGAUACAUUUGUUUCAAAGGCACAUCUUCCAAGGUGAUUUUUGUCACCCAACUCUUGGUAGGCCAACAAGAGCUGUGAACCAACAUUUCAGAUAGGUUUUUAUAUUUUUUCCUAAGAGGAUUAAAAAGAUUGUAGUAUAGCAAUUCUCCAUGUGAAGUUGAGGGGAGGGAAACAUUACAUGAACAUGGGAGAAGCUUUACUGCUCUGUUUAUUAUGGGAAGCACAUUCUUUUGUUUGUUCAAUGGAACAUGUAUGUUAAAAAUUGAACAUGUGUUUUAACCCAUUAAAUUCAACCCCACCCCCAUGUCUCUGGUGGUUCAGAGUUCAACCCUUGAUCUAGCUGAGCUCUGAAUUUCCUGACUGGCCAUUAACCUGAGCAAAACCAAACUCCUUGAUUCAAAUAACCCCACACCUGAUCCAAUCUAAUUUUUGCAUCUGGAGUCCAUUUCUGAAUCAACACAGUAAAUCACAGGCAAAAAGUUAAGAUGCAUUGCAUGUAUUUUCAAAAAUUGCUUUCUUGUUUUGUUUUUUGCCCACAGUUUAUUUUUAGACACAAUGUCACUAGGAGGUCUUGUGGGGAAAAUUAGAUGCUUAGGUGUCCAAGUGAAAGUGACUGUGAGCACAGUAAUGCUCUAGUGAAGGCUGGAUUGAAAAUCAUGUCCAUAAUUCCACACUGAGAACAUAUAGGACCUGACACUUCAACCUAGAUCCCAAAUUUUCAGGUGCAAUUUUGCAAAUACAAAUAAUUGGGCCCACAUCUUGCACAUGCAAAUAAUUGCAGUUGCACAUGGUAGCACCUAGACAUCUAACAAUCCAACAUAUAGGUGCAAAUAUGCACGCAGAGUUAUUUGUGCAUGUAAAAUUUCACCUGCCAGGUUAAAAGCCAUCUCUGAAAAUCGGACCUUUUAAGUAUAGGAUGUUCCUAAGUGAAAAUCCUGCAUUGAAGUAAAUAUUUUCUUUCUUAGCAUGUCUACUGUACAUGUAGGUGGAAUCCUGGCUCUACUGAAGUACAUUGAUUUCAACAGGGCCAGGAUCUCACCCUAUUUAGGAACAGGAAUUCCAUAACUCUGUUAAAAUUUGACUCUCAAGUAAUACAUACCCUUUUAUAUUAAAAUUGUAGAAUAUUGUUGCAGGAAAAGGGCCUCUGAUUUGUACUGAAGUACAUGCAAAGUGGGCGGUAAUGAAUAUGCAACUGAUAUGUGCAAAGGUGGGUUUUGCAUAAGAUAAUUUGCUCAUACAUGGAGCUGGGCCCUUUGAACAAAUGAUCCUGUGUAGUUAAAUCCCUUCUCCCCUGUGGAUCUCUGAAUGCUUUAAGGGAUUUACUUGCAUCCUUGGUGGUUAUAUAUCAGAGCAAUGAAAAUGGCUUGAGUCAAUCUUUUAAUGUGGGCUUAAUCAGUUUAACAGAACAUAUGGAUCUGAAUUCUGUGCUGCACUUUAGCAACAGUGAUGAACUAGAGUUAGGCCAGAACCGCAAAUUUCAGAUCCAACUGUGGAUUUCAAGUCCUUCAGAGUCCUUGUUCCACACGGAGCAAUCCAACCUUCAUCAGAGCUCCUUCUUCUCAAGGUUUGAAGGUGUUUGGAGCUAGGGUUUUGAUCUGAGACCAUCUCCACAAGCAACUGAUGUUCUCAGACUUUCCUGUUGGACCUAAAGGUGAAAGUUUGUAUCCUUGCACUGUAAAUAAAGGUAGCUAAAGGCUGACUGUGUGUCUGUAGUAAGCACCCCCUCAUAAGCCAAAGUGACAAGAUAUUGAUUAAGUACUAAGUUAUUAACCAACCAGCUAGGGAAUUCAGCUGGUCAGGUGAGGAUGUUUAAAAAAGAGACAGGAGGGAGAGAGGAAGGCAGGGCAAAGGAGCCCAUUAUCUCAGAGAGGUGAAAUUUGUCUCUCCCUCCUGCACUUUGCCUUGGUAUUAGGUAAAGACCUGGGGAAGAGUCUUAUGCUGUGGGGAACAAAUGUUCACAAAGCACUUGGUGUUGAACUUGCUACUGGUGUGUGAGGACUAUUUGCAGUAAGAAGCCAAGAUAAGGGAACACUGCCCUGUGACAAUAAACAGAUGUUUUAAUUGUGUUGAGUCAAAUGCAACCUCAAAGUCUAAACUGUAGCUCUUUGUAUUGAAAGAACAUAGACUAGACAGUAAACCCAUGGAAAUUGUUUGUUUAAAAUAAAUAUAUUUUUGUUUCUCUU